AUUUGUUUAUUAGCAGUUGAUAACUGGAAAAGUUAAGUGAGUCUCGUGGGUGUGCUCUCAACAUGCCCACAAGUGUCUCUCCACACCCCCAUCUUUUUCUCUCUCUUCUUUUUCUUUUCUCUACACUUUCUCUCCCUCCAUUUGUAUACCCAUUAAAGAAUUCAGGGUUUCUCUGCCAGAAAAAUGGUGAAAGAAACAGAGUACUAUGAUGUUCUUGGCGUUACUCCUUCUGCUUCCGAGGAGGAGAUUCGCAAGGCUUAUUAUCUCAAGGCAAGGCAAGUUCAUCCUGAUAAAAAUCCAACUGACCAUCAGGCUGCAGAAAAAUUUCAGGUACUAGGUGAAGCUUAUCAGGUUUUGAGUGAUCCAGUGCAACGAGAAGUGUAUGAUAAAAAUGGAAAGUACUGCAUAUCGAGGGAAACAAUGCUUGACCCCACUGCUGUCUUCGCUCUUCUUUUCGGAAGUGAACUUUUUGAAGACUACAUAGGACAUCUAGCUGUGGCAGCAAUGGCUUCCUGUGAAGUAGCUGGUGAGAGUGACAACCCCGAAAAACUACAUGAUAGGUUAAAGGCUGUCCAGAAAGAAAGAGAAGAAAAGCUUGCUAGGACACUGAAAGAUUUUCUCCACCAAUAUGUUCAAGGUGACAGAGAAGGGUUCUUGCAUCAUGCAAAAUAUGAAGCAGAACGGCUAUCCCAUGCAGCUUUUGGCGUCAAUAUGUUACACACUAUUGGCUACAUAUAUGCAAGACAGGCAGCACAAGAGCUUGGAAAGAAAGCAAUUUAUCUUGGGGUGCCAUUUUUGGCAGAAUGGUUUCGCAAUAAGGGUCAUUUCUGGAAGUCACAGAUUACUGCAGCUAAAGGUGCUUUCCAGUUGCUUCAACUUCAAGAAGAUACACGUCGACAGUUUAAAAUGGAUGGCAGUGGCACAGAAAAUGAUUUUGAAUCCCAUUUAAGAUUAAACAAGGACACACUGAUGAACUCAUUAUGGAAAUUGAAUGUAGUGGAUAUUGAAGUCACUCUUUUACAUGUGUGCCAAAUGGUACUUCACGAGAUUAGUGUUAAGAAGGAAGAACUUAAAGCACGCGCCGUUGCUCUAAAAAUUCUAGGAAAAAUAUUUCAGAGAGAAAAGUAUAUACGAAGUGGUGGAACGUCAUCAAACAAAAAUAUUUCAUCCGACAUACAUGAAGAUGAGAGCAGUUCUGAUAGCAGUGAUGAAGAAGAUUCACCAAGAACACUUAAUUAUCGUACUCCUCUAAUCACACAGGGCAUUGGUAGGCUCUUCAGGUGCCUCUGUAAUCCAGCAUUUGAUGUGGAUGAUGAAGAGAUUGUGUACAAAAGCAAAUAAAAGCACAAAACCUGCAUUCAGAAUUGUUUUCAUUUGGUCUCUUUUGAGAUUUUGAUGCACAAAAGCAUCUUAUUGAAAUAAAAACCUGAUAUGAGAGAAAAAGAAGGCAAAAACUGUGAAUUUGUGUGUUUCUGGAAUGACCUGGUGUUACCAGCAUCUAUAUUUCAUGACAUAAUGACUGGUUAGUCUGCAUAGAUGAAUUGACGACAUAGAUU